AUGCAGCAGCAGAGAGCAGACUCUCCUGAACCCAGCUGUGUGUCCAUGAAGAGUGACUGGUCUAUGGGUCGUCCUAUUACGUUUAAAGAUGGACAACCUGCUGAUGGAAGAGUUCAGCAGCAGAGCUCAGAGGUUCCCAGUGAUCAGUCUGCACAGCAGCAUCAAACACAGCUGGACUCCAUAUUUAUGCUGCUGGAGGAGAACAUCGUCACUUUUGUGAAGAACGAGCUGAAGAGAGUCCAGAGGGGUCUGAGUCCAGAUGACCCAGAAUGCUUAGAGAGUCAGAGUGAGGAUGAGGAGGUGUUGGACGGUGAGGAGGAAGAGCAGAGGAAGAGCAGCAGAGAUGCAUUUCUGAAGAUCACAGUGCACUUCCUGAGGAGAAUGAAGCAGGAGGAGCUGGCUGAGCGUCUGCAGAGCAGAACUCGUGCUGCAGAGUGUCGACGUAAACUCAAGUCUAACCUGCAGAAGAAGUUCCAGUGUCUGUUUGAGGGGAUCGCUAAAGCAGGAAACCCAACCCUUCUGAAUCAGAUCUACACACCGCUCUACAUCACAGAGGGAGGGACUGCAGAGGUCAAUGAUGAACAUGAGAUCAGACAGAUUGAAACAGCAUCCAGGAAACCAGACAGACCAGAAACAACAAUCAGACAAGAAGACUUCUUUAAAGCCUCACCUGGAAGAGAUGAACCAAUCAGAACAGUGAUGACAAAGGGAGUGGCUGGCAUUGGGAAGACAGUCUUAACACAGAAGUUCACUCUGGACUGGGCUGAAGACAAAGCCAACCAGGACAUACACUUCACAUUUCCAUUCACUUUCAGAGAGCUGAAUGUGCUGAAAGAGAAAAAGUACAGCUUGGUGGAACUUGUUCAUCACUUCUUUACUGAAACCAAAGAAGCAGGAAUCUGCAGGUUUGAAGAAUUCCAGGUUGUGUUCAUCUUUGACGGUCUGGAUGAGUGUCGACUUCCUCUGGACUUCCACAACACUGAGAUCCUGACUGAUGUUACAGAGUCCACCUCAGUGGAUGUGCUGCUGACAAACCUCAUCAGGGGGAAACUGCUUCCCUCUGCUCGCCUCUGGAUAACCACACGACCUGCAGCAGCCAAUCAGAUCCCUCCUGAGUGUGUCGGCAUGGUGACAGAGGUCAGAGGGUUCACUGACCCACAGAAGGAGGAGUACUUCAGGAAGAGAUUCAGAGAGAAGAAGCAGGCCAGAACCAUCAUCUCCCACAUCAAGACAUCACGAAGCCUCCACAUCAUGUGCCACAUCCCAGUCUUCUGCUGGAUCACUGCUACAGUUCUGGAGGAUGUGUUGAAAAGCAGAAAGGGAGGAGAGCUGCCCAAGACCCUGACUGAGAUGUACAUCCACUUCCUGGUGGUUCAGUCCAAACUGAAGAACAUCAAGUAUGAUGAAGGAGCUGAGACAGAUCCACACUGGAGUCCAGAGAGCAGGAAGAUGAUUGAGUCUCUGGGAAAACUGGCUUUUGAGCAGCUGCAGAAAGGCAACCUGAUCUUCUAUGAAUCAGACCUGACAGAGUGUGGCAUCAAUAUCAGAGCAGCCUCAGUGUACUCAGGAGUGUUCACACAGGUCUUUAAAGAGGAGACAGGUCUGUACCAGGACACGGUGUUCUGCUUCGUCCAUCUGAGCCUUCAGGAGUUUCUGGCUGCUCUUCAUGUCCAUCUGACAUUCAUCAAGUCUGGAGUCAAUCUGCUGGCAGAACAACAAACAACAUCCUGGUCUGAAGUGUUCGGAGGCAAAUCAGCACGUUUCUACCAGAGAGCUGUAGACGAGGCCUUAAAGAGUCCAAAUGGACACCUGGACUUGUUCCUCCGCUUCCUUCUGGGUCUUUCACUGCAGACCAAUCAGACUCUCCUACAAGGCCUGCUGACACAGACAGGAAGUAGCUCACAGACCAAUCAGAAAACAGUCAAGUACAUCAAGAAGAAGAUCAGUGAGAAUGUGUCUGCAGAGAGAAGCAUCAAUCUGUUCCACUGUCUGAAUGAAAUGAAUGAUCGUUCUCUAGUGGAGGAGAUCCAACAGUACCUGAGAUCAGGAAGUCUCUCCACAGAUAAACUGUCUCCUGCUCAGUGGUCAGCUCUGGGCUUCAUCUUACUGUCAUCAGAAAAAGAUUUGGACGUGUUUGACCUGAAGAAAUACUCUGCUUCAGAGGAGGCUCUUCUGAGGCUGCUGCCAGUGGUCAAAGCCUCCAACAAAGCUCUGUUGAGUGACUGUAACCUCUCAGAGAGAAGCUGUGCAGCUCUGUCCUCAGUUCUCAGCUCCCAGUCCUCUAGUCUGAGAGAUCUGGACCUGAGUCACAACAACCUGCAGGAUUCAGGAGUGAAGCAGCUUUCUGCUGGACUGGAGAGUCCACACUGUACACUGGAAAGUAUCAGACUGAGUGGCUGUAAUCUCUCAGAGAGAAGCUGUGCAGCUCUGUCCUCAGUUCUCAGCUCCCAGUCCUCUGGUCUGAGAGAUCUGGACCUGAGUCACAACGAGCUGCAGGAAUCAGGAGUGAAGCAGCUUUCUGCUGGACUGGAGAGUCCACACUGUGGACUGGAAACAUUCAGACAAACAUCAGACGCAGCUGGAAUCAAGUUUCACUUUGAAAAACAUUCUCAUCUAAAGGUCCACUUACUCUGUAUGUCCAAAGCUUUCAGUCACAUCUCAUGGUCUUCCUCAGUGAUGGAGGGUCUCAGUUGUCAUGGAGAUGGUUUAAGUUUGAAUGGUUUCAGUAAAGUAGUUAAUAAAUCAACAGAUGAUAAACUGCAGCUGUAUUGUGUCUCGUUCUCUCCAUCAGAUGCCUGUGAACUGGAACUGGAUCCAAACACAAUGAACAGAAACCUCAAACUGUCUGAUAACAACAGGAAGGUGACACAUGUGGAGGAGGAUCAGUCAUAUCCUGAUCAUCCAGACAGAUUUGACUCCAUGCCUCAGCUGCUGUGUAGAAAUGUUCUGACUGGUCGAUGUUACUGGGAGGUCGAGUGGAGAGGAAACGUUUAUAUAUCAGUGAGUUACAGAAGAAUCAGAAGGAAAGGAAUCAGUGACUGUUGGUUUGGAUUUAAUGAUCAGUCCUGGAGUCUGGACUGCUCUGAUGAUGGUUACUCUGUCCGUCACAAUAACAACUAUACACCCAUCUCCUCCUCCUCCUCCUCCUCCUCCUCCUCCUCCUCCUCCUCCUCCUCCUCCUCUGUCUCUAACAGAGUAGCAGUGUAUGUGGACUGUCCUGCUGGCACUCUGUCCUUCUACAGAGUCUCCUCUGACUCACUGAUCCACCUCCACACCUUCAACACCACAUUCACUGAUCCUCUGUGUGCUGGGUUUAUGUUCUACUACUAUGGUUCCUCAGUGUCUCUGUAG